AUUGUUACUCUUUUUCACAACACAUUGUCAUGUCUUUCCAACUCACUCCUAGUAACCACAUCACCAACGUAUCUACUCUCGACACAACUCAUGCCGAUUUUGGAUCCCACGAUGCUCUUCGUUAUGGUACUCGAUCCAUCAAAACUGAAGUUUUACCCGGUCAUCCUCUUGAACAACGAUUAGACGAGUGGAACGAUCAUCAAUGGGAACUCAAGUUGAAUAUGGCUCGUCAAGCUUAUGGACUUCAUGCACCAGUUAAAAUGAUGAUGGAACGAGAUAUCGUAUCAAAGCGUCAACGUAUGCCUGUAUUACCUUCAUCAAAUUUACACUUGGAUAUUUUGACUGGUAAAGAUGAAACCAUUGAUUUUGAAGACAUUUUGAAUGAUCCUGCGUUAUCAACAGAUAUGCUCGAUGUCCAUGCUGCUAUGGAACAUAAACUUCAACUCAAGAUCUAAUCUUAGGUCGUAUAUACAUAUUAGUUUAUAGUAUUUUAUUAAGGGGUAGUUUACAAAUUUGAUAUCAAUAAAGUACAUCUUUUUUUUUAUACAAACAAA